AUGGGAGAAGAACUGCUGCGCGUUCGGAACAUGUCGGGGGAGGAGAUUCUGGUUCUGCCCAUGGAGGAAGUCCACGAGACUAUUGUCGGAGAUCAUCCAUGGCCCGUGCUCAUGUUGAAGCGGCACUUGCAGCACAUUGUUGGCUACACUCGUUACAGGCAGCGGCUCGUGCAGGAGCCAGAUGGUGUGUUGCUGAAAGACUGGGACAAGCUGAGCGGCAACAUGGAAUUGCAGCUCAUCCUCGUCCCGUUUAUCGAGGCAACCACUGAGACCAUCGAUGAGUUGCGUCUCGCCUGCGGUGCGAAUGUGCCCACUGCUGUGGAGUGUGCACUUCAGAGGCCUUAUGAUCCCAAUGCCAUGGAUGAGCGCAGCAGCAGUGCUUUAUGUACUGCAUCACUCCUGGGUCACUCAAUAGUGAUCGCCCUUUUGCUGGAGGCCCGGGCUGACGUGGACAUGAUCGGAGACCACGGAGCAAGUCCAUUGAUGUGGGCGGCUGUGCACAGACAUGUGGCCGUCACACGCCAGCUUCUACAGGCAAGAGCUGGCGUAGACGUCGAGUCAGAACGGGGCCAGGGAGCGACCGCACUCCUCGUCGCUGCAGAGAAAGGCCAUGCAGACAUCGCAGAGGUGCUUCUGGAGGCUGGUGCGGACCCGGACAAGGCAGCUCCACUGGUCAUGGCUGCCUGCGAAGACCGGGUAGAAGUGACACGCGCUCUCAUCAAGGGCAAAGCAAACAUCUACCAGGAGGCCAUUGACGGGUCGACACCGCUUCUACAAGCAUGUUCUUCCGGCAGCCUGGGUGUGGCGCGGGUGCUUCUGGAGGCCCGCGUAGAUCCGAACCGCUACACUUCGGAAGAAGAUCUUCCGCUCAUCGCCGCGUGCGAGAAGCGACAACUUCCCGCAAUCCGGUGGCUCCUCAAAAUCCGAGCUGAUGUCAACAAGUGCAACAAGGAGCCCGGCCUCUCGCCCUUGACGAUGGCCUGUUUGAAAGGUCACAAGGACGUGGUCCGGCUACUGCUGCACAAGAAGGCAGACAAGGAGAAGCACGUCAGCUAUCUGACCCCUCUCGUUGCGGCCGCUCGUGAUGGUCAAGUCGACAUCAUCCGCCUGCUGGUUAAGCAAAGAGCAGACAUCGACACGGCUGACGGUGGCUGGACGGCACUCCGCAUAGCGACACAGGAAAACCAAGUCGAGUCUGCCAGGGCUCUGCUGAAACUUGGGGCAGACAAGCACAGGAUCCCUGUGACGAGCUCCAGGAUCACCCUCUUCCUCUUGCCCCGCAGGGGCUGCCUUGCCGCGGUGCAGCUGGAUUUCGUGUCGCUGUGGCGCAGCCUGGAUUUGGACGGAGAUGGCGAGGUUGGUUUGGAGGCCCUAGCUCCGGCUGCAGCCGAAACUCUGGCCGGCUUCAAGCAGUGGGCCGUGGCCCACUAUGGCACGGAUCUCGGAUUCAGGGCACGAGUUGGCUGGGCGAAGGCUUUAAGGCUCCUGCGCUCUGUUUUGGGCCUCUCCGAUGCUCACCGCGGCAGCACAUCCUUCUCGGAUGACAACCUAGAGAUCUUCGCCAUCGACGCUGCCGAGUUUCAGAAACUGACCCAUCGCGACGAACCUCUACGGGCACUCAAACGACACCUGCAGUUCUUGUGCGGCCACCCGCGCUUCCGACAAAAACUGCUCUUCGGCGACGGGUCACAGGUGCAGAAGAACGAGGACUUCAGGGCGGGUGGCGAGUUGCAGCUGAUCGUGCUCCCAUUCUGCGCGGCCACUCCUGCCCAGGUCGGAGAGCUAUCCCGCGCAGCCCAGGGCAACGAUGUCAGCCAAGUAGAGCUUUUCUUGGAGAGGGCCCAAGAUCCGGAUCUGCCUGAUGGCUAUGGCAGGACUCCCUUGCAAGUGGCUGCCAUGUCCGGUCACCUUGAGGUUGCACGGCUGCUUCUUGAGGCAAAGGCUUCUGCCAAUCAGGAGCGGGCCGGGGAUGGGGCUACUCCUUUGUGCUUGGCUGCGGCCCACGGACACGCGGAGGUAGCGUGUUUGCUGCUGAGGGUCAGAGCCGAGCUGGAGAAGAGGAUCGAAGUCUCUGGUGCUACACCUCUGCUCUUGGGCAGUCAGGUUGGCAGCCUCGAGAUCGUUCGGCUUCUUCUGGAAGCCCGGGCGGACCAUGACAAGGGUUACAAUAGUGACGGACGCACACCACUCCUGGUGGCGGCGAGCCUUGGCCACCGAAGUGUCGUGCAGCUGCUGCUGCUCUCUGGAGCAGACAAGGAUCGCUGCACAACCACGGGAGCUACGGCCCUGCUGCUUGCAUGCCAGGCAGGACACGUGGAGGUGGUCCAACUGCUAUUGGAGGCGGGCGCGGACAGGAACAAAGCUACAGACCAUGGUAUCACCCCAUUCCUUGCGGCGUGUCGGAGUACUCACUUGGAAGUGGCGCGCCUUUUGGGCCCGAUGCACGAUGAUAACGAGGUGCUGACAGGAAAACCCCUGGGUUGA